AUGAAAAAUAACAAACUUUUGAAUUCCCCAACUUUGCGUGCUGGGGGAGCUCGGGGACCGUCAAGAUCUCUGUCUUUGAAUCAUUCACGUUUGCCUGCAUCUUCGCCGAGACGAACCACGAAAACAGUAACCUCCGCGGCGCCGGGUAACACCAGCCCGGAUCCCGAAAGUAUCCAACAUGUAAACGAACUUGCAAUUUUUCAAGCAUAUAAAAAAAACUGGUGUGAAGUGAUUCUUGGCUCCACCAGCGGACUCCUUUUUCUCAUGGUUCUUGCUGUGCUGUAUGCAGUGUAUACCUUGUGUCUUCCGUACGGGGACAGUAUUAGUUUUGGCAUCUUGCUCUCUGUCGUUUUGCAUCCGAAGAGUACGGUGGAAUACUUUGGUUCCCGCUAUGAAAUGCGAUGUUGCGCAGAAAGAAUGCGGAAAUUACAACAGGCAUGGGCGUCGCGAUCCAGGCUUUCUGGUGUGAUUGGCUCUUUGCUUUCGUUGGGUUACUUCUUCUCGUGUGCGUCAAUGCAGGGUGUGAUGUUUUUGGGUCUUGACAAACUCUCCGUGAGCGCUCGAUGGGGAAGGAGGGGCGGGGACCGUACCGGGAAGGCGAGGAAUGAGGCUGGCGAGAAGAGGGAAUUUCUCACGUCCACUCCCACGGGGCGAGUCAUUCUACGCUUGCUUGUGGUGACCAUUUUCACCGUCGUUGCCCACUCGACGAUUGGGAUUUUCUUUUUCUUUGAGUUGCACGCUGUGCUCAUGGCUGUGUUUGCUGUCACAGUUGUGAUUGUGCCGGAGGAACGCUUUACCUCCGUGAUGUGGCGCCUUUGGUGUUUUGCGCUUGCACUCUUUUUUGUAGUAGCGCUCUCUUACAAUAUGGCGGUGGAUGUCCUCUCCAUCAGUGACGCGGUGAAGCGAACGACGUCGGCUGUGGUCAACGCACGCAAAGAGUGGUCCCAUCAAAAGACGUACUUCUCCAAUUUAAACAACAUUUCGGUGCAUGAUGCAGAUGCGAACGUGACUUCUUUUAUUUUUUCCUCCAGUGGCAUUGAAGAGAUGAUUAUGACGAAGCUCCAAGAAACUGUGUUGAAGGAGAUUGACGAUACUCUUAGGCACACAAAUGCGACGGAAUUGGCUGUUGCCGUUCGUCAGGUCAUUGGCCCCAUGCUGACAACAUUUCCAUCCGAGAUAAGUAUUGGCUCUUUGAAAAAUAAAAGCAAGGAACUCUACGCAUCACUCUUUCGACGCGGGGAUCCUUUACUCACGGUGGAUUGGCUCAGCGUACUGCAGAAUUUAUUGCGGCGUUGGCGGCCUUUCUUUGCUUUUUUAACGCAAUUGCUGUUUGGAUUGGGAUCCAAUAUGAUGGGGUUAUUUGACUCGGUGUACGCGACCAUGUUAUUUGUAUGUGUUCUGCGAUACUUUUUGCAGCUGGAGCACACAAUUCUUUAUUAUGGAGUUGCUAAAAUGCUCCGGGUCAUUCACCCACAGGGCGGUGAAAAACACGCACGGAUGAUAGAGCGUGAGAUCACGGUGUCAUUUCGGACACUCCUGCAAUCCUUUUGGCAUCUUUCAUGGUUUCACUUCUGCAUCACAUUUUGCCUUUUUAAUGCGUGGUCCUUCCCCACACCUUUUUUCUGCGGGAUGAUAUCCUCCCUUACGGCUGUGUUCCCGCUUACACCCAAGUGGUUCUCACCCGUUGCAUUUGCAUUGGGGUCUGUUUUCUUCAACGCCGUGGCAAGUGACGGGUUCCUUGGCGCUGCCGUGGAUCAGCGUGUGUGGAGUUGCUUUCUUGCUUUUUUGGCGUCGUAUGCGGACGAGUGGUUGCUUUGUGUUUCGCGUGGGUUGCGAGGAAAUCCUUUGAAGGACUUUACUGGCGUGAAGCGAGAGCAGCUGCCAACAUUUGUUGUCGGCACGGCCCUUGUGCUCGGUUAUGUAACUUAUGGGGUGCGUGGGAUUUUGCUUGGGCCCAUGACUGUCAUUGUCGCAAAGGUGUUGUUUGACAAUUGGGACAUCGUCUCGCACCCCGAAUCGCUGCAUAGCCGGUUUUUGUUUGCAGAAGAAACGGAGUCCGCAUGA